AUGAUAAAUAUAUUCAUCGCACUUACAUAUAGCCAGAAAUCGAGUGCCAAUCUCUCUGCAGCAAAGGCGGGGUCGGAUUGGUGUUGGAGACAAACCAACUAUAAAACCAAUGCUCAAGAGGGACACCGACUUCUGACUGCCAACAGUGAGAAGAGUGCCGGAAAUCACAACAUCAACACCAACUCUAUAGACCAUCGGCUUCUCACUGCUUUCGGUGCCGACUAUCAGUUCUCGAAAAGUUACGACGAAAACCUAUCCAAUUCUGAGCACAAGACAGGUCUGCAAAACACAAUUCUGGACGACAACGAGAACUUAGAGGCAGCGCUCAAACAGUUUAUCGAAGCCUGGGAUCGAUCGCACGGCACAACCCAUUCCAACAAUCAUCACACCAUUGAUAUGUUUCAUCCCAAUCACCACAACAUUACUAAUAAUAAUAAUCAAUUAAUUGCAUCAAAACCUAUGGUUGUUAGCAAUAUUAGCAAUACUGGGCAACAAUUAUCACUUCAUAUGAAUGAAUGGCAGUCGGAUUCGGAUGACUCUGCAUCGGGCGCUGAUAGCGCUCACAGGGAACACGAUUUUCUACCACCGAUGGCUCCUAUUUGGGCAAAACAAAGACAUAACUCAGACAACUCGAUGGCAACUAAUGUUAACAGGAAUAUCAACGAAGACGACGACCACUUGUUGGAUGUAUCGGAUGUGACAUCAGAUGAAGAGUUGGGUUCGCAUACAAACUGUACGCGUUGUGUACUUCAUGAGGAAGCAAAAACUAGACGCCUGGAGACCAUUAAAGUUAAUAUACUUAAUAAAUUAGGGCUUAAAGUAGCGCCUAAUAUCACAGGCAAAUCAUUGCCUCGUAUACCACCUCUGCAUCACUUAUUAGAUCGAUAUAAUAUGCUGGGAGACGACCCCCGAGUGUCAGGUUCUCAACUGCUUAACAGUUUUAUUGAAGACAACGAUCACACCAUUGAUAAAGAAGAUGAAGACUUGGAAGAGUUUUUUGUAAACGCCGAGCGAUCCAUAAGUUUUGCUCAAAAACAUGACUUCUUCACACGGCUUACAACAGCAACACCGGGAGAGAGGGAGAGAGAGGGAGAGAGAGAUGAGAAUAGAGGGAACAGAUGUAAGGGAAUGGAGAGAAUGGCCAAGAGUUUGAUAGCUAAUUAUUACAACUUAAACGAACAAACUCACCAAAUUCAUGUAUUUGUUGCCAAAAUAGCCCCAAAUUCGCUGAAUAUACCACCAGAAGUGAAGUGUCAAUAUUUUAAGUUUCCUUCAAAUGUGCUCAACUCUCACGUAACAAAAGCUCAUUUAUGGGUAUUUGUUAGGCCGACAAACCAUUUGCAGGACACAAAUGCGUGGAUAGUUAUCUAUCAAAUUGUAAAACCUGAAAACGGAAACGAUUCGCCAACACUUCUACAUGUUAGGGCCAAAAAAAUUGAUGUCAGCUCUAAGAAGGGAGUUUGGGUUCAAAUUGAACUCAAAAAAUUGGUUUCCCAGUGGUUCAGACAUCCCAAUGAAAAUCUUGGACUGGCCAUACAUUCUUAUGAUAACGACGGCAAAGAGUUAGCAGUGAUUGAAGCCAAUGCUAAUGAAGAUACUUCACUGUUGCCAUUCAUUGAAGUGAGAGUGGAAUCCAAAGCUGUGAAUAGAAAGAGACGAAUGGUUGGACUAAAUUGUGAGGAGAAUUCCAAUGAAGUCCGUUGUUGUCGUUAUCCAUUGACUGUUGACUUUGAAGAGUUUGGUUGGGAUUGGAUUAUAGCUCCAAAACGCUAUGAAGCCAACUAUUGUAGCGGCGAAUGUCCCUAUGUUUUCCUCCAGAAGUACCCGCACACACAUCUCGUACAACAGGCCAACCCCUCGGGCUCUGCCGGGCCCUGUUGUUCACCCAGAAAAAUGUCUGCCAUUUCAAUGCUAUACUUUGAUGACAAUUAUAAUAUAAUAUAUGGUAUGUUACCGGGAAUGGUAGUUGACCGGUGCGGCUGCUCUUAA